AAUGAAUGCUGUGCAUGCAGUACGCAUAGCGCGCACACACUGCACUGCUGGCUGGCCACUUGCCGCUUGGAUAUCGUGCAAGGAACAGGUCAACUGAAAAUGGCAAGAAGUGACAAAAUGGAGGGGAUGAGGCAGUAGAAGGUGGGGUCCCAGAGCUUCACGCAGCUGUCUGCACCAGUGGCUCAAGUCGCUGCAGCUAAGAGAGUCUGCCUCGGAUAGCCUGGAUUGUUCUUUAAAAACUCCCAAGGGUUGGUUUUUCCUCAUGGAAACUCCUCUGGGUGACCACAGGGCCCGCAUCGCCCACUGCCGGCGCACCUAACACUCCUGCUUUUUGUUUUUGGUGGCCUGUUUGUUUGGAGUUGGCGUCAGCUGAUUUGUUUUGUACAUGUUUAGCAGGGAUUGUUGUCUGCCCGGCGCGCCUGCCAAACCGGUGUCUGGACUCGUCGAUAUUCUUGUUGCCGGCCGCAUCAACUUUGCCGCAUGUAACAUGGUGACGGUGAUCACGGAGAAGCUGCAGAAUCAGUCGCUGGACGAUGUGAAGUUUGCAGAUAUAAUACCAUACCAGACACGCAGUAAAACAAAGGCCAGGGUUUGGCAACAGCAGAGUAUACACCAUGUGGCUCUAUCAGUUACAGGAAGUAAAGGCUCCCCACAGGUAAUCAGCCAGGAGAAGCUCACCCCAGAGCGUCCAAACAGAUCGCACCCUACCACACCUCAGACCGCUGUGCAGAACAAGACGCUAGAAAGCGAGAAUGCCAUCAACGAAGCCUUGGCCAUCACGCCGGCUCCCCCGAAGAAGAGACACUGCCGGUCUCUGUCGACGGGCGAGCUCAUCGAGCGCAAGUGGAGGCCGCGCUCGUCCAAGAUCUGGCGGGCCCCUGUGCAGAAUCGGCGGAAGUGCGACGGGCACCAGACUCAGCUACACCAGAAUCAGCUACACCAGAAGGCGGGCAGCGGUUGCGGACACACUGCCGGACUGACUUGUAUCCCGGUCACGGGGUAUAACCCCACGGUCGGAGAGUUCUCCACCCCACCGGAGUCGCCCAUCCCGCGCCCGACUUCCUCUGCCUCCUGGGACGGAUCCAGCUCGGGGAUCCCUUACUGGCUGGAGCACGCCUCCUUCAGACCCGUGCUGUCGCCCAGGGCCCACAGCCGCUCCUUCUCAGAGGACAAGGCUUCGGAGAGCUCGGGCUCCGUCUGCUCGUUCUCCGGGAGCACCGACUCGGAACUGGACAGAGGGGUGGUGCCGCAGAGGUGCCACUCGCACCCCUCGGUGCGGAAAAGCGGGAAGAAACGGCGCAGGGAGGAGGAGGCGCGGCCCAAAUUGGACUUGUUCAAAAUGGAAGAGGUAAGUACUCUGCCUAUUUUGGUCUCACUGCAUCUCCAGAUUGUGUGACUGUUACCUGUCUUUUUGAGUCGUGUUUCUCCACCCUUUACAAGUUUCGGAAUGUUUAGGUGUUGUGCUUAGAAAUUGACCGCAACAGGAUUUGCACACUUCUGCAACCGCCAGAAUGCCAUAUGGAGGCUUCCAUCAAUUGACCCAUCCUACCCUUAGUUUUCUGGUGUGAUCCAACUAUUCCGAAAGGACUCGAUAUCUGUUUAUAGAGUCACGGGAUGGUUCUCCAUACGUUAUUGGUUCAAAUCCCACCUCUGCCACUAUAUUUGUUCAACCUAAUCUUGAUAAAACGUGAACCGAGUCAGUU